AUGCAGGCAUGCAUGGAGCAACCCGGGGACAAUUUAGGCCCCUUUUCCGCCCCAACUUGCGCCCUACUUUCAUCACGCUCGCAUACGACAACCGGGGUGGAGCCCGCUGUCGUACUCGCAGGGCAGGACCACACCAUCACAAGGGAGGUUAUUUGCCAGGACAGCGCGGGAUUUAUUCACGGUGCCGAUAUGAAAUGGAUGCGGAGCGCUGUUUUCGGCGAGGACACCCCAUCUCCUGUCAGGGUUAUUACGAGGCUGUUUACGGCGGGGGGCGAGGAGAAAGAGGACAGCGAUGAUGCAGGAACAUCGCAAGAUGCAUCCAGGGCGCAAAAGGUUUACGUGCGGAGCCAAAUCGCGAGCGGUCUUCUCGGAGACCUAGACGGCGUCAAGAAAAAGGAGCUGUACAACAAGGUGAACGUGAAAGAGCGCAAGGAUUCCGUGGCCGUGGAGCUCUCUUACCCGAGUGAAAGGUAUCAGAUCACAAAAUCGCGCGGGCAAGUCCUGUACUACAUUGCCGGGUGGGCUGCCAGCAAGGCUUGGACGCAUAAAAGAAGACACAACCUUUCCCAGGAUUGGGUGCGUGUCGUCCAACACAACACUCGCCGGUCCAGUGGGGAGGCGAUAUGUACUGAUUCUAUGCUGAGAUUUUGUUGCAAAAGUCGAUUCGAAGAACGAUAGGAAGAACAGUCCGGGACUUCUUUACCCGACGAUGGGCUGGGUAGUGUUCGUAUAUGCCGUGGAGAGGGGCAUAUUCCAUUUCUUUAAAAACCUCAUCUUCCUUGCUGCUUGCCUCGGAGACUUGCCGCCGAGAUUUUCAAAGUUGUAAGCGAGGCGGAGGCCGUCGAGGAAAUGUGGGGAAACUGCUGCCCCCCUGGUCCUCCUACCAUCGAUCCUAGUAGUGUAGAUCCCAAGAGUUGUUUCUUUUCGUUGUCGGGAAAAUCCUCAACGUGCGAAUGGGUGACUUCGCGAAGAGUGCAAGGGAGAACACUUCCCUCAAGUUCUCGAAGGCCGCGCCUGCUUUCCGGCAACAGCUGAACGCACGGGUCGGGCCAAAUGGAGGGGCGGGGGCCGGUAGUGGCGAAGUAAGGGGGGUUGCACAGGGG